AUGGCGCAGCAACAAAACCUGAUGGAUCAGGACAAACUCUGCUGUUCAAUCUGUCUGGAUCUACUAAAGGAUCCAGUGACUAUUCCCUGUGGACACAGCUACUGUAUGAGCUGUAUUAAAAGCCACUGGCAUGAAGAGGAUCAGAAAAAGAUUUCCAGCUGUCCUCAGUGGAGACAAACCUUCGAACCGAAGCCCGCCCUGGUGAAAAACACCAUGUUGGCAGAUUUAGUGGAGGAACUGAAGAAGACCGGACUCCAAGCUGCUCCAGCUGAUCACUGCUAUGCUGGACCUGAAGAUGUGGGAUGUGAUGUCUGUACUGGGAGAAAACUGAAAGCUCUCAUGUCCUGUCUGCAGUGUCUGGUCUCUUACUGUGAGCAGCACCUCCAGCCUCACUAUGAAUCCUCUGCCUUUGAAAAACACAAGCUGGUCGACCCCUCCAAGAAGCCUCAGCAGAUCUGUACUCGUCAUCGUAAAGUGAUGAAGGUUUUCUGCCGCACUGAUCAGCAGUGUAUCUGUAUUCUCUGCUCCAUGGAGGAACAUAAAGACCAUGACACUGUCUUAGCCUUCACAGAAAGGACUGAGAGGCAGGGAGAGCUCGGGGUGAGUCGGCAAAACAUCCAGCAGAGAAUCCAGAAGAGAGAGAAAGAUGUGAAGGUGCUUCAGCAGGAGGUGGAGGCUCUCAAUCUCUCUGCUGAUAAAGCAGUGAGGGGCAGUGAGAAGAUCUUCACAGAUGUGAAGCUGCAGAUCAGAUCUCAUCAGAAAUCUGAAGUGACUCACUUCAACAAGCUUCAGGAGAAGCUGCAGCAGGAGAUCACUGAGCUGAGGAGGAAAGACACUGAGCUGGAGAAGCUCUCACACACAGAGGAUCACACUCAGUUUCUACACGAUUACCCCUCACUGUCAUGUCUUAGUGAAGCUACAGACUCGCCUAGCAUCAGUAUCCGUCCUCUACAGUACUUUGAGGAUGUGACUGCAGCUGUGUCAGAGGUCAGAGACAAAUUACAGGACAUUCUUAGUGAUGCGUGGACCAAGAUCUCGGGGCCUGAAGUGGAUGUUUUACUGCCUCAGGCAGAGCCCGAGACCAGAGAGGAAUUCUUACAAUAUUCAUGUGAAAUCACACUGGAUCCAAACACAGCACACACACGGCUGUUAUUAUCUGAAGGGAACAGAAAGGCAACAGUGAUGAGUGACAGACAGGUAUAUUCAAGCCAUACAGACAGAUUUACUGACAUGUUUCAGGCCAUGUGUAGAGAGAGUCUGAGCGGACGUCAUUACUGGCAGGUGGAGAGGAGUGGAGUUGAAGUUUCAGUAGCAGUCUCAUACAAGAACAUCAGCAGAACAGGAUAUGAAAGUGGAUUUGGAAAUGAUGACAAGUCCUGGGCUUUAGAGUGCUUUGACAACAGUUAUGGGUUCAGACAUAACGGUAUUAGCACUUUAAUCUCAGGCCCUCGGUCCACUAAAGUAGGAGUGUACCUGGAUCACAGUGCAGGUGUUCUGUCCUUCUACAGCGUCUCUGAAAACAUGACUCUCCUCCACAGAGUCCACACCACAUUCACUCAGCCUCUCUGUCAGGGACUUGGUGUUUUUGCCUUUUAUGGUAACGCCUCUGCUGCUAAGUUCUCGAAGCUUGAGUAGAUAGAAGCGGUGUGACUGGCUAGGUAAUACUUUUUCUUUUUGAUUGCAUCUGAUUUUCAUUUAUUAUUUAAAUCAGUAGCUAUAAUCCAUGUGAAAUGUGGCAUGAGUAAUGUUUAGUUCCAGAACAUUAUGAUUAUGAAGAAAACAAAAUCACUAAUUGAUUCAUGUUUGGAUUCACAGUCAAAGACACCGUUAGAGUACAGAUGUGGUUUAUUCCCUUUAUACUCUAAUGCAGCAGUCUGCAACCUUUUUGCACCACCAAAACAUAUACUUUAAUAUUACAUAAUGUAAAUGUAAUUAUUCCAUUUUAUAUUAUGCACUUUAUUUAAUUUUUAUAAAUAAAAUACCCUGCAGACUAAUGUAAAUAUAAUGUUUACAAUAAAUAUUACCAACACACAAAAAAAAGGGUUUAUUCUUUCUGUGCGGCCCGGUACCAAAUGAUCCGCUGCCCGGUACUGGUCAGCGGCCCGGUGGUUGGGGACCCUGCUCUAAUGAAUGAAGUUUCCGAGCUGUUGCGACACUAAUAAAUUAUUUUACUACAUUCCAGAAGUAUUAGCCUCAGGUACAGAAUCUGUAGCUGAAGGGCAAAGCAAAGCCAAAGUGCUCGUAUUGCACUACUUUUGAUAUAAAUUGUUUUUGUUUAGAGUUGCACGGUAUUUAAAAAUGCACCCUUACUUUUAUUCUUCCUUUAUUGUAUGUGAACAAUUGCACUUUCACUUUUGAUAGAUUGUCUUUUUAUAUAAACCUGGUUUAUGACCGUUC